AUGGCCACUCCUUCACCCUCCGCCUCCAAUCCGUCUCUCGCGACCUCGGCCUACAUGGUUUCCUCCGUCGACCAGUCCUACACGUCUCUUUCCGAAGAUGAGGUUGCUUCUCUUCCCUCCGAGUCCACCACCGCGUCGGACUUGGAAACCCUGUCGGACGACUACUCCGAUGCCGAGGAGGAAUGGCGGGAAAGCAUCGAGCAGUUGGAGCUCCUUUUGACGAUGGUGCUUGUGCCUUUCAUCGGGAAAUACCUUGGCCGCAAAUGCGCUUAUUGGAGUUGGACACGAUUCAUGGAAUGGAAAUACCCCGUCGAAGUGGUGGUUAGCAAUCCGACGGCCCACAAGGGAGCUGGUGCUGUUGAAGCCAUGGCAUCGCUAUGA